AUGGCUGACAAUACUACGAACCGGAAUAAUAAUAAUCUGAUAUUUAUUAUUCUUACUCUACUUAUUAUUAUUUGGCUCCUAUCGAAUUUGACUGUACUUUUCAGUGCAGUUAUAUUCGUUCUUACUACGACAUUAAUCAAUUCUAAUUUUGAAACAACAGACAUUGUAAUGACUACUUCUUCAUCAUUACAAACACACACAAUAUUCCCAAGUAUGAACAAUGAUGAUGUUAAUCCUGAUGUGUUAACGAAUAAUAAUAAUUCGACCGCAAUUGCAGUGAAAGAAUCCGGAAGUAAACCAAUUUCGAAUAAUCAAGAGGAAACGGAUGAUGAACACGUUGCUGAACAAAGUGUUGAUCAGGAUACCUUAUUGAAUUUUGAUCAUCCAGUAUCUGACGACGCCAAGGGAGAUCUUCGGAGAUCUACCGCGAAAGACAAAAUCAAUGAAACAAUUCUUGGUGGAAAAAUUUCUGUCUCUUGUCGAACUGAAGAACCUAUUCCAACAACAACAAGUACAACAUGUUCACCACCACCAUCAUCACAAUCACCGGUAACAGUUCUAUCAAUUAAACGAACACCUGUGUGCGUAACAGAAGCGCCCAUGAAAAUAGCAAUUUCGUAUUCAUCAGUUAAUCGAAAACGUGUUUCCAAAAUUACUGAUAUGGUAAAGAGAAAUGUUAAGACAUAUGAAUGUCCUGAUCCUGUUUUUAUCGAUCGAGAUUUUCAAUAUGAAAUAUGUCGACUUAACGGUCGAGAACAUUUUAAUAAAAUUUAUAAUCAAGCACAUUUGGUUGUUGUCUUUUUAUCAUCUUCAUAUACAGAAUCAUAUCACUGCAUGAUGGAAUGGCGAGAAAUAUUUGACAAAUUUACUCCGGCAGGAAUGAAUAAUGAUCCUCUACAAUUGCUUUUGGUCAAGGUUGACGAUUAUGAUAUGGAGAAAUUAAAUCUUAAAAGAAGUGACUAUCCUCUGGAUGCUACACGAUUUAAUGAUGCCGAAGUUGCUGAAAUCAUUACAAAACGAUCGGUUCUUGUCGAAGAAAAAUUAGCAUAA